UAGCGGUAUGGGACGUUUUACACCAUCACCAUCUGUCUUCAAUACAACUAGUGAAAUAGAUGAAUACGUUUCGCAAACCAUUGGUACUGACAUAUCACCAGAUCGCGUUCAAUACUCAUGGUUUUCAAUCGCAAAUUUGUACUUUAAGGUUGGGGAUUAUUCCAAGACCGAAAAAUAUCUACUUGAACUUUUGCGACUACGUUCUUACGAUUAUGAGGCAAACGACCUACUUGGUACCGUUUACAGAAGGCAAGGCAAGCUUGAGGCCGCUUUAGUUUUUUAUGAAAGAGCUUUGUGUGGCGAUAAUGCUCCCCAACGUCGUGCACUAGACGCUGCUGAACUCUGCGUACAGUCAGCAAGAAAGGCGAAAGAUGAUACUGAAGUAAAAAAAUUUACUGAUAAGUCAUUAUUUUGGAUUGAAAGAGCUCGUCAAGUGAAUAAAAAAUACAUUCCUCGAGCUGUACAACUAUUACAUCAAACAUAUGUAAUUAUAGUUCGAUAUGCAGAAAGACAAUCUGAUAGGCGUGGUUGCUUAAAACAUCGUGAUGGAAGUACACCAGUGACUAGUAUUCAGUGGAUUGAUGAUACAGUAAAAAACUUGUUAACGGUUGAAGAUACUUUUGUCGAUCCUGCAUUUCAUAUUAUUCUUUCUAAAGCAUUAUUGAAACAGCUUGAUCAUCAACGUGUAUGGAAACAUGUAUUACAACGGCGUUAUAACUUCGUUGAUAGUUUAGAGUGGAAUCUCUUUGUCAAGAAUAAUUUUCCAAAAUUAAGAAAAUUAGCCAUUAUUGACAGUGCAAAGGAACUGUUACACGAAUCAACAGAGUUAAUAUUUUUCGCUUGUGAUAAUGUUGUCAGAUUAUCAUUAAAAUUAAAGCCACGAGACGAAUCAGGUAAACUUGUGAAGGAAUUUUCGGAUUUUAUAAAGACGUGGGAUACACCUCCAUCGCAAAAUCAUCAAGUAGUUGAAAAAUGGACACGUUAUCGACAGGAAUAUCAAUCUCGAAGCUUACGGCACGAUGGAUAUUUCCAACUUAAACUUGCAUCUUCUGACCUGAGUCAGUUCAAACUUUUAACUUCUAGGAUAACGCAAAAAAAUCAAGAACAUCUUUGUGCUGCCUACCUAAAAUUCAAAACAUGUUUAAAUUUUCGUCGUGAGACUUUUCGUGACUCUAAUCGUCCCAUUACCCAUUUUAUUUAUCUAAUGUGUCAACGAUUAAGUGAUGUUUCUCAUCAAUUAUUGGUUCUGCUACAUUGUUUUAAUUAUGACUGGUUGAAUAAAAGUGAUUCCGCAACGCAUGUAUUCUCCCAAUAUGAAGAUGAUGUCAGACAAAAUUUUGUUUUACCUAGUUAUGAUCGUCUCCUCAUGGUAUUGGAUCAAAAUGUUGGUAACAAUCGGCUGACAGAAUUAAGUACUCUGAAAUGGUUCGUUCGAAUGGCAAAUCAGAUUGAUAAGAUAGCAUUCUGCGCCCCAUAUGAUUUAGAUCGCUUUUUGGCUGUCUCUGCUUGGUAUAUGGAAAGUGGUGUAUUACGAGAAUGGUUGCGAAAUAUCUUUCCGAGAUUACAAAAUUAUUCUGAGAUUCCGGAACCCGAAGAACACCAUGAUACACCAUCGUCAAUCCAAACUUUAUCAUCAUUAUUUGCAAAUAAAAUGACUCUGGAUCAAAUGGGGACUGGAUUAGCUGGUCAGAUAUUAUACCUAUCAUUACAGGAAUGUUGGAAAUCACGUGAAAGUCAAGUAAAAUUUUGGCGAACAUUGUUAUCGUGGUAUGGCAAGAUUGAUCCGGAUAAACGAAUAUAUCCAAGUGAUUUAAUGUCUAAUGAAGAGUUCUCUCAAUGUAUCAAAGAGAUUAGAGGUGAUAUCAACCUAAAUGAUGACGACUAUAAUGAUCAGAUUGAACUGGAAAUCCAACAUCGUUUUUUUAUAUUAUGA